UUCAACAAUCGUUCCGUUUUUCGUCACCAGGCCAACAUAUAUAAGUGAAUGUCAAUCAUCUGCCUCACAUCAACUAGAAUAAUGCUGCUGUCAACACCAAUAGUGCUGCUGGUCGUUGCUUACAUGCAACUUGCUCUGUCCAGCAACCAAAAUUCCCUCCAUGGCAUCGCCUACAUCUCCGUGACGACGGACAACAUGACGGCGUCAACGCAGUUCUACACUCAGGUUCUGGGAGGGAUGCUGGUGCCAGAGUUGACCUUCACCUUCAGCGGAGAUUCUCACUACUACCGGAUGUUCCAGAAGGAGAUCCUGGACGCCAGAACACAAGGGGUUGACCCUGCCCAGCUGGGAGUACCGGAUAUAAGGGAUAACGGUACUCACGAGGUGCAUGGUAACUUCAUCAUCUUUGACAACGGAAUCAUCCAACUAGUGGAGUAUGUGCUUAAAGCAUCAACUGACACCAUCUUUGACAUGCGUGACCGUCGCUCCUGCUCCGCCUACAUUGGAGCCCAAAUGGUAUGUUUCUGGGUCAAGGACGACGUGGAUUUUAACCACUACAUUGCUGAAAUGGAAAGAAAAUCACGUGAUCUUGGUUUAGAUCAGAUUAAGGUCAACAGACCAGUGACGGUUCACAACGAAGCUGAACGACUAGCCGUCCCUGAAAACGAGCUUGAUGUUACUUUUAACACUGGUGUCUUUGAUGGCUUAUCGAUGGCUUACUUUAAAGGGCCAUCGGGAGAGCGACUGGAACUGAACCAAAUUGUAAGACGUUACAAAUACUAUCUUGGCAGUGAGUUCUGCCGGCGGCGUGCGGUGACCACAGCCUUCUUGGACCACCACCCUGACAACAAAUGGAAGAAAGCUGCCGGAGUCAGUGGUCAGCUUUACGGGAUAUACGAGCUGGCCACAAGAACAGAUGAUCUUUUGAUGUCCAAUGACUUCUACACUCAGGUCCUUGGUGCAGACCUAGUUCCUAAACCACUGGUGGGAGUGGACUUCCGAGGAGAUGAUGUUGAAAACAUGGUGUUCCAGAAAGAGAUUCUUGAUGCAGAAUCUUGGGGAGUUGACCCGAAACAAAUAGGGGUUCCAAACAUUUCUAUGGCAGGAGAUGACAGACGUGAUCUUAAUUUUAACCUGUUUGAUAACUACGUAGUGAAGACAGUGCAGUAUACUGCAGGAAGAUCUCUGUCAGACCCCAGGUUUAAUCCCAGAUACAACUGGAGCAGUCCUGCCUACAUCAACAACAUGAAUAUGGCCUUCUUCGUUGACUCCAACGUUGAUCUGAACAACUUCCUACAGAGCGCGGAGAAAAAGGCUGCCGGGAAAAGGUUCCCUCAGUUUAAACUGAAUAGAGCAGUUGAUGUGCAGACAUUAGGAGCUAGCGUUCCUGCAGCUCAGUACAGUGAAGAGUUCACUGAUGGACCUCUGAAAGGUUUCAACUACGUGUAUGCUAAGGGUCCAGCAGGGGAACAGAUAUCCUUUGUUCAGUUCAAGGGUCCAGCGGAAGCCAAACUGAAGUCAGCCCUGUUAAAGUAUUCGGCAGUCAACACAGCCUUCAAGGAGACGAAUCCGUGGGUCAGGAAAGAAUAUGACUCGUUUUGUUCUAAAUAUUCCACUGACCCCAAUAUUGGAUAAACGGGUUUACCUUCAGAAAUAAAACUGAUUUAUCAGGUA